AUCAUGUCUAGCACAUAUUUCAACGAUAUCUGGCACCAAUCCCAGCAUGAAUGCGAGCUGCUCUCCACGAUUGACUAUGAGAGGCAGCACCAGGAUGUGGAGACGACGGUGGCCACCAUGAAUGCAGCGGUCGGAUCCGUCGCAGCCGAUGCGGAUGCCAAGGCCUUGCUGCAGUCUAGUCUGUACGAGUUCUAUCUGCGCUACAUAUGUCUGAGCAAUCGGCUGGAGGAUGUCUACGAUAAUAUGAUUCAGCCUCAGAAGCGCCAGUUGGUGCGUAAGUUACUGGACGCCUGUCUGGGUCGAGUGGUGGAGCUGAAGCACGAUCUCGUGAAUAUCGACUUGAUGGAGUUCAGCUACAACGACGAGGUGGUGGAACGCCUGCGCCUGACGCCCAUGGAAACGGAGCUGAGGAUACCACGCUACUUUCUGCGUGAGCGUCAGCAGGAGCUAGAGUUUCGAAAGAAGACCAUGCAUGAGAUCCUAACGAAGCUGGGUUGGCUUGAGGAGCACGAGCUGGAGGAGACGGUUACCACCGAGAUCGAAGCCAUUAGGAUGCUUCAAAUGCAUGAGCGAGCGCGACAAGGGCGCUUGCGUGCCCACUUCAUGAAGGAGAUUCGCAUCCUUAAGGAGAAGGGCAAGUCGGAGGAGCGCACCGAAAAGGAGCGCAGUGACUCCGGUCUGUUGGCUGCCAUGAAGAUUCAGAAGAUGUGGCGUGGCCACACAGCCCGACGAAUAACGCGGCGCCGCAAGAUGGAGGAGAUGAUCCUGAUCGGAAUGCUGCCACCACCGCCGGCUGUGGUCAAGGAACGAGCCGAGAAACUGGAGAAGUUGCAGCACAACGAGAAGCGCUACCAGGCGCAGGCGCUUUACGGCAAAGAGUUUGAGGAGCGACAGAGCGCACUGAAGGAGGAGAUUCGGGCCAAGCACGGAGCCAGCAUGAAGGAGGACAUCGCUGAUGAGAUUCGGGCUUGGGUAAAGGACUGCUACGACAAGACUGGCAAGCUGCCGGACUUUCCCUCCGAGGAUCAGGGCGGCUCAUUGCAUAUUUUCAGCAGACCUGGAACUGAGAGCGAGCACAGCCGUUCGUCGGCCCGCUCCUCCAAGGAGUCGCGAAAGACCAAGGAUAAGUCCAAGUCACCCGCUCGCAGUGGUGACCUCAACGUCAACGAAAACCAAGACGAGGAAGUUAGCUUCCAGCCGGCACCGUCCGUCUGCCUACCAGACAUCCGUGCGGAGAUCGAUCUGUUUAACGAUACCUGGCGUGAUAAGGAUGAAACUGGUGUGCUGAGCCAAGCGGCCUAUGAGGACAUGAUCUACAGCGACAAGUACCAGGAGGUGGAGCUAGAGUUUCGGCGCGCCGUCGACGAUGUGAUGCGCCAGGAGAUCGAGCUGCUCCAAACGGCGGUCGGCAAGAAGGUGAAGAAGAGCAGCAAAAAGACUCGGCGAUCCGGCAAGAAGAGCAAAAAGAAGAAGGAGAAGGAUCUAACGCCGGAUCGCACUACGGAGUCGCUGUACGAGGAGUUGGUCACGAAUGGCAUAAUCCGGAAAUACCCGGAGCUAAGGCUAAAGCAAUUCCUGGGCGACAAGGCGUUGACUGCCAGGAAUGGCACGAAUCCCUCUCCGGGCGACAUUCGUCAGAUUCUCACGGAGUACUGCAUCCUUCCACUGGGAUCUGAUGCCAUUCACAACUGUACUCCAUUGAUACGUUCCAUCCUGUUGGCUGGACCCAAAGGAUCCGGGAAGAAGGCACUGCUCCACGCCAUUUGCACGGAGGUGGGUGCCGUGCUUUUCGAUCUGACUCCUGCCAAUAUUGUGGGCAAGUAUCCUGGCAAAUCGGGACUGAUAAUGCUGAUCCAUCUGGUACUGAAGGUGUCGCGACUGCUCCAGCCUGCGGUGAUAUUCAUGGGCGAUGCGGAGCGGCCUUUCAUGAAGAAAAUUCCGAAAACGGAUCGCACAGAUCCCAAGCGGCUGAAGAAGGAUCUGCCCAAGUUGAUUAAGAACAUUGCUCCCGAGGAUCGCGUCGUUUUCAUUGGCACCUCCAAUCUGCCCUGGGAGGCGGAUCAAAAGCUACUGCAAUCCGUCUAUAAUCGGUUCAUCUAUAUUCCUCGACCGGAUUACGGCGCCAUGUCGCAUGCCUGGAAAACAUUGUUACACGAUUACUCUGGUGGCAUUUCCAACCUGGACACCAGCGCCAUGGCCAAGAUAUCAGAUGGCUAUACCAUUGGAUCCAUAGAUGCAUGCCUCAAGGAGGUGAUGACCUGCAAGCGGAAACUCCAGCUGCGCACCCAGCCGUUGACCAAUGCCGAACUGAUCAAUGUUCUGUGCUCACGAGAUCCUGUCUAUCGCGAGGAGGAGGAAGCUUUCGAGUCCUGGUGGUCGAAGACCCCCCUCGGCCGCCGUCGACAGCGGUUUUUGGAGCUGGAGGAGGAGCGAUUGCUGGAGGAGCAGGCGCAGGCGGCCAAGCAGGGAAAUGGUAACAAGAAAAAGGGUCUUAAUUAAAAGGUAAUCACUGCACUUCUUAUAUUUAAGCCUAAUUUGUAAGGAAACAUCAUUGGAUUGCUAAUGGUAACCAUUCAUUCAACGCUAUGGCUUGCUUUAAAAUCUUGCUUUUAUUAGCAAACUACAAUUUAAAUGUUCAUGUCUAUGAACUAAUAUGGCAUUACAUUUUUCAUAAACUUUGAUACUUAAUAAAGUCAAUAUAUCUUUUUCACUACA